AUGCAGACUAAGAACAUCAACCUACCCGAGGACGUUCUCUUCAGCAGGCUUCUCAAACUUGCCAAUGAAUACAAGGACCAGGUUAUCGUUGAUGACCACAGUCAUGAUACUCAGUUUGGCUAUCGACACGUCCUUGAUGGCACUUCAAAGCUUCUCCAAAGGCUAAGAAGUCUCCAUGGCUCAACCCCAGACCAGGAUGAAGAUCUUUACGUAGGGGUUUUGGCUCCGAACGGCUAUGAGUUCAUUAUCUCAGUUCUUGCUGUUCUUGCUUUUGGUGGAGUGGUUGUCCCCAUGCCCACAGGAGCCCUUCCGCUGGAGGCAGCCUAUAUGCUUGAGCAGUGCAAUGCGAAAUAUUUGCUCGCAAGUCCCGAGCAUGUUGAUCUUGGAACAAGAAUUCAGGCAGAAGUCGAGAUACCAUUAAUUCCGAUUGAUAGCCAAGGGGUUCGUAUCGAGAUCCAGAAUUUCGGGCGGAACUAUAAUCUCAUAUGGGAGAAGUUCCGCGAGCGGACAGCCACCAAAAUCGUCUUAUCUCCGACCUUCUGGUAUGGGAUGAUGCAUUAUUUUCAGGAGAAUAUCUCAAAGCUACCUGAAGAUGUUGUCAAAGAGUACAUCGAAGGUGCGAUCCACCUGCGUGAGGCUACUGCAACAGGGGCCAUGCCUUCGAGAAGGUUGAAGGAGUUCUGGCGGGAUCUACGCAGAGGAAAGUCACUUAGAGUGUUGUAUGGCUCGACAGAAUCCCAAGAGACACUGAUUUGCAGCGGAGAAGUGGAGUUUACUGAGAAUGAUCUUGGGACUCCUCUGCCAGGUGUCGAAGUUAAGCUUGAAGGGUCUACAGGAGAGCUUCUUGUCAAGACACCAUCAUUGUUCCUCGGUUACUUGAACCGACAGCGUGAUACCGAUGAGCGCUUUGACUCUGAAGGAUUCUUCAAGACGGGAGAUUUAGUCACCCGCCAUGAGGGAAGGCUGGUAUUCCAAGGAAGAGCAAACAUGGACUUAUUCAAGUUCUACACAUACAAAGUCCCUCGCAUGCAAGUCGAAGCAUGUCUCACGGCACUUCCAUACAUCCUUGAGGGAUACGUCCUACCAGUAGCUGAUCCACACUGCGAUACCCGUGUCGCUUCUCUUGUGCGGCUCCAUGAUAACGCUGGGAAGGUCGACUUGAAAAGGAUCAGAGACGACCUUUCAGAUGACCUCCCGGCGUACCAACUCCCGACCAUUCUCCGUAUACUGAGGCAAGAUGAAGAGGUUCCAAGGACUUGGUCAGACAAACUUGCGAUGAAGAAAGUGGUACAAAAGUUCUUCCCACAAGACAGUGAUGAUCGUCUCUACGACGAGUCAACUGAAGUCAUGGAUGUGAGCGAGUUUAUGCGGGCCAAGACUAACAAGUUGUGGGAUCUGUCGGGAAUGCGGCAGUAG